AUGUCGCUGAGCUGGACGCCCCUCUUGCUCCUGGGGGCGGCGCUGGGGACCUUGGUGCCGGUGGGCUGCUCUGGCUCCCUCACAUACUUCCUGUGCUACUUGUACCUGCCAGAGCCAGAACAAAGCCAGAGGCUGUCUCAGUCCUUCAUGAGGGGCUACUUGGAUGACCAGCCCAUUGCUUACUAUGACAGCCUCACGGGGAAGAUGGAGCCUCUGGUGCCCUGGAUGCAGGAGGCGGAGGAGGAAAGAUUCCAGACCCUUGAGUGGGUCUUUGAGAUUGACCUGGAGAAGUUAUCAAAACUCAACCAUCAAACUGGAGGGCUUCACAUCUGGCAGGUGAAUUUGAGCUGUGAGCUCAAAGAAGACGGAAGCAAAGGAGGGUUUUUGCAUUAUGGUUAUGAUGGGAGGGACUUCAUCAGCUUCGAUAUGGAGACCCUCAGAUGGGUGACAGCUCAGCCCCAGGCCCAGAAGGUCAAGGAGAAGUGGGAAGAUCAUCCAGGGUGGUCCCAGAGGAAAAAAAUCUUCCUGGAGAACACCUGCAUUGAGUGGCUGCAGAUAUACCAGUCCUACAAGAAGGAGGCUCCGCAGAGGCUCGAUCCUCCAGUGGGGAAGGUGACUCGCAAGGUGGUGGAUGACAGCCUGGAGAUCCUCAUCUGCCAGGCCUUUGGCUUCUAUCCCAAGGAGAUCCAGGCCACCUGGACGAGGGACGGAGAGGUCUGCCAGUAUGAGACUCUCCAUAGGAACGUGGCCCCCAACUCAGAUGGGACCUAUUAUGUCCAGCUCACCAUUGAGAUCGACCCCAAGGAGAGGGACCACUUUCAGUGUUACCUGGAGCACGAGGGCUUGCAGGAGCCCCUGGUCUUGGCUCUGAAGGAGGAAACAGAUAAUUGCGCAGAGAAGAAGAAGCUUUCUUUUGGGGAAUGGAUCACAGCAGAACGCGUCUCGUGUGAAAAAUGGCCCUACCGUCAAACUGGAAGUCAAGGAGAGGAGUCGUUUUGA